AUGCUCAUACAGGAUAAUCUACGAACACAGUUCUACGAUAUCGUUAAGAAAUCUCAUGUUCUUGUCAUUGUUGGAGAGGACGUCGAUGCACUAUGCGCUUACACGAUUCUUUCGCAAUUAUUUAUCUGCGAUGAUAUCUCCUUUUCCAUGGUUCCCGUCAGUGGCUGGGAGAUGUUGGAUCGAACGUUACGAGAGCACUAUGACCAAAGUCCCACCAUAGUUUUGAUUAAUUGUGGUGGCAAUCGUUCUCUGCAGGACAUGCAGGUACCCGAAGGAAGCAAAGUAUUCAUCAUGGACUCUCGAAGACCUUUCCAUCACGAGAACGUUUUUGAAGGCGGACAAAUAAUGAUCAUGGUAGACGGCGCGGAAGUGCCGAAACUUAAUAUACCAGAUAUGUCUUCAGUGAUUGAAAAAGAAGAAUCGGAAGAGUCAAGUAGUGGAGAGGACAACGAAGAAGAAGGAACCGGGGCUAGAAAAGGAAUGGAAAAGGUUGAACGGAAACUUCUGAAGAAGGAAGCGAAAAAGCAAUGGCAAAAACGCCGGCGAAAUCUAUUGUGGAAGUAUUACGAAAAUGCAUGGUAUUCUAUAUCGAGUGCCGUACGAAUGCUUGAAUUAGCAGCUGCUCUAAACAAAGCUACUCCUGAGUUGAUGUGGGUUGCUGCUGUAGGACUAAGUAGUCAAUGGGCGGACAAACUAAUAACUAUAGAGACAUAUCACGAUGUUUGUAUUGAUCGUAUGCGACCAUUCAUCCAUAGGUUUUCACCUCGAAACUCUGGGGCGAAAGCUGAUGAUUUGUUAAGAGUGUCCUUCGAGAAAGAACUUCCGCUUGCAAUGUACUCACAUUGGUCUUUGUAUCGAGCGAUGGCUGUGAAUGAACAUUUUGCGUGUAAAACACGAAAUUGGACGCAAAGAGGUGAUUCAGAUGUCAAACACCUUCUCGCUAAUCUGGGGUUGACGCUAAGUGAGACGCGACAAAAGUUCGAGGCAAUGGGAUCAACACGGAGAAAAGAAGUUAUUCAAACACUUGAGAAGGAGAUGACACCUUCUUUUGCGUCGUUUAUAGCUCAUUUCGGCUACUCAAACCGUGUCUGUGCUGCUGAUGUGGCGAGAGGAUUAGCUGCUAGACUAGAAUUCCCACGCCGAGUACCGCUUGUCGAACGGUUUGAGUCCUCACGCAACAUACUUCGUUGUUUUAUGAAGUCUCAUCAGGAUUAUGGACCACUUGUGAAAUCGUUCGACAUGUACAAGAUCGGUCUCGAGUGUGUAUGGUCGUUAGUGGCAGCAGCCGUAAACCAACAGGAAGUGCUCCCGGUGGGACCGUUCUUCCUUCAUUCUUCAACGCAUAGCUUGGACGAAACCAUGGAUUCAAGACAUUUUGUCUUCUUGUUCACAACAUUUCUACAACGUGCAUUCUCAUCAGUACGGCGGAGUCGUGAUAGAACUACAAAGCCAUUGGUAGUUAGCUUAGCUUUAUCUGGAGAUAUGCAGGGAUGGCAUGUUGUGACAGGUGUAAUGCCUUUGGAUACUGUAUAUAAAGAUGCUCAAUUGAUGAGUUUUAUGGGAAGAGCAUUUGAACGUGCUGCGGAACAAGCUAGUCUAGAUGUCCGAAGGGAUAAUUUUGAUCCGAAUGUGGUAUAUAUCCGAUCAGAGGACCGAUCUCGUUUCUUUGAUUUAUUGCAAGCAGUUAUGGAGAUUGAAUCUUGA